AUGAGUGAACAGGAGAAGGAAAUGGAGGAGGAUGAGGGAGGCAGCACUUCGGACACAGCCCCCAUGCUGCCGGAAAGGGUUCCUGACGGCCAGGCCUCAGUCUUGAUGUCCCCACGGUGGGUAGGCCUGGUGGUCCGAGGCCUUGGGACCCUACUGCUGCCUGGCCAGGCCCUGGCUGGACUGCUGCUGCACCUGCUGCUGCCUGCAACCGUGUUCCUGCUGGCCCUUCUGCCAGCAGCUGCCAUCGUGUACCUGGGAUUCCUGUGCCACUCGAGGGUUCACCCGGCGCCCCGCCCCGCGUGCCGCGCACUGCUCUCCGACCGAGGCGCCGCGGCGCUCAUCGUUCUCGGAUUCCUUUCGCUGCCUCCGCUGCUCGUGCUUGCCUCGGCCGCCCGCACCCGCCUGGCCCGGCGUCUCCGCCCGCUGCUACCGCCCCCAACUUGGACCCCUGGAUCCCGCCGCCACCCGGGGUCCAGCGACCGUGGGCGGGCGGGACGCCACACCGACGGGGAAGAGCAGUUCUGUGCCUGGGUGUGACCCCCCCCCACCCCCCCGCCCAGAGGCCUCUCCAAAGGACACGACCUCCGAAUCCCGCGAGGCACCCGAACUCCUCCCCCCGUGACCCUCAUAAGGCGGCCCCAGGCCGGCAAGCUCGGGGUCUGCGUCCAGGUUCCAUCCUCGGAAAUCGCGGGCAUACCACGGGGCUUCGUGCGCAGUGCUUCGAGUGGCCGCGAGAUGGCACCUGACUUCCCGGAACCCAGGCCCGCCCUUCCCCAAGGUGUCCCCACCCCCGCAGUCCCCUCUGACGCGGAGAGGCUGGGAAGCCUGGAGAGAGGAGGGAGAUGCCUCCCAGAGAAGGGGCGCAUGGCCAGGCUCAGAGAAAGGUGGCCUUCCUGGCUUUUGUCAUUGGCUGCCCUGGGCUCCUGCUCCCUCCCAAAAGGCAGCCCUUAGGGCCCCAUGUCUGGUCGGUCAGCGGGCCUCCAGAGGGUUCCAGAAGUGGUGAGACUUGCCUGGGAGGCUUCCACGACCGGCCCAAGAACACGGUUCCAGAAGCUUAGCGAUGGCCAGCAGCCCCAAGGCUUGCAGGGCUCAGCCUGAGAUGGCGGUCAGGGUUAGCGUUUAGAUAGGUGCCAGAUUAAG